ACACAUACAGUCUAAGGUUGUGACAGGAAAUAACACGUUGCUUCAGAUGCAUGUGAAACUUGUGCUGCUGCUCGACAGGUUCGUAUCUUGACAGGAGAUCCGCUACGCGUCUGUCCAAGCGUCAAGUCGGACAGGAGUCAAGGUGUCACAUCCGGUGGGUUUUCACAGAAAUAACAGCAACGAGACGAGUGGGUUGAUUGGAAGCUGCAGAGACAAGCUGCAGCUGUGAGUGAGCUCUCUCGGCCACCGUACCCCUCCACCUGUUACUCGCGUUUACUCUGAAGAGGCCACUUCCGGCCGGUGCCUGCGUGCCUGCGUGCCUCUUGACGCCUCCUCAGCCGCAGGAGCAGCGCUUCCAUAAUGCGGCCGUGAGGUGCACGGAGAAGGAGGAGGAGGCGGCGGAGGAGGAGGAGGAGGAGGACAGCGGCGUGUGCACCGAGCCCGUGUCCGCCCACCAGGCACCGGAGAGCGGAUCCAGGCACCAUGUCGAACCGAAAGCACCGGGACAACCAGGAGAUCUGCGCCCGCAAGGUCCGGGAGCUGGCCCAGUCCGGAGUGAACAAGCACUGCUUCGAGUGCCUGCAGCCCGGGGUGACGUACACCGACAUCACGGUGGGAAGCUUCGUGUGCACGACAUGCUCCGGAAUGCUGAGAGGCCUCAACCCUCCCCACAGAGUCAAGUCCAUCUCCAUGACGACCUUCUCCCAACAGGAAGUGGAAUUCCUGCAAAACCAUGGCAACGAGAUCGGGAGGAGGACCUGGCUGUGUGUGUUUGACCCAAAGACGGACAGCUGCUCCGACAUGAAGGACUCUCAGAAGUUUAAAGAGUUCCUGCAGGACAAAUAUGAGAAGAAGAAAUGGCAUUUUUCCAAGAGUAAGAACCGGAGGGACGUAGAGGGUCCGUGGAGCCCAGGGGUCCAGGCCAUGCCGCCCCCCCACGGUCCCCUAGCGAGCCAGGCACCCGCUCACAACCUGCCCCCCAACGCCAGGUCGGCUCGGCCCCUGUCCCAGGCCCAGCUGCCGCCGUGGGAUCGAGUGCCCGCCAUCUCCCCCGCCGACAUGCGGAUGGACGUGUUCACCGCUCGGCCCUCGCGCUCCCAGAGCUUCAGAGACCCCACUCUGAAAGACCCCACCCUGUGUGGGAUCGAGAGGCAGCGGCCGGGCUCCCUGUCCUCGGCGCUGGGGGCUCAGGGACACGCCCCCUCCUUCCCCGCCCUCCCACGACCAUCAGCCAGUAGCUCUUUCAAAAACCACUUCACUUUAGGUCGCACGGUCUCGGCCUCGGGCGCCACGGGGCCGUUCAGGGUCUUCCCCAAGUCCCUCAGCGUGGACUUCGGGGGUCUGAGUCACGCUCAGCCACAGGGUCUGCCCCAGUCGCUCUCCCAACCCCAGCAGCAUCCACCCGGUGGCAGCCAGACGACUCCACCGGUCGGCCGCUCCGGCCAGGACCGGUACGCUGCCGUGUCCCAGCUAGACAUCGUCUUCGCCGACCCACUCCCGACCACAGCGCCGCCUGCUGGCCCUCCGCAGUACAACGCCAUCUUCGGGAGCAGGCUCUCGUCCAGCUCCACUCCUGCCAGUUCCCCCGGUGUCGAUGCAGUGUCCGGCUCCCAGACCUUUGCAAAUUUCCCUAACCCAUUCAGCUCCGGCUCCGGCUCUUCCUCCCAGCAGCCUGUUGCCCUCUCCCCCAGUAACCCCUUCAGCAACGCCUCAGGAGGUGACUCCAGCCCGUUUGUCACCUCGCCCACCAACGUGUUCCCUCCGUCCGCCUCCUUCCCAACGCCCACCACCCAGAAUGCAUUUCCUCACGAGGCACCCAGCAGCCAGGAAGCCAACGGUUUUGCCUCCUUCCCUGCGUCCGACUCUCAGCCCAAAGUCGCCCGGCCGAUGUCGGUGAACCCGUUUACUGGGAACGUUUAUCCAAGUCGAGGGACGUCGCGGAACCCUUUCAUCUGAUCCCCCCCACCAGCACCCCCCCACUGCCUCCUCUUACCUCACCCCCGCCCCACCCAUCCCACCUCCGGGAGCCGAGGGAGAAGUGAACUUGAGGAGUCGCUGCCAUUUCAAAGCCUCUGGAGUAUUUUGAUCCUCGGGGAGGAUUCCUCCUCGCCGCCCUCUCUCUCCGUCUGUGUUUACGUGUUUGUAGAGGACAAAAAAAAACAAAAACAAUGUGUGAAUGUAAUUAAGAAAUCCUUGUGUGUGUGUGUACGAAAGUGUUGGCUUGCUGUGUUUGUACAAGACAAGUGUCCGAAGGUGUUUGUGUGUGUGCCAGUGUAGACGCCACCUCAGGGCUCUGUGGGAGUCACGGGGAAACCACGCCUCUAUGAUUUUUGCAGAAAAAAACACACACAUGCAUACAUAUACAGUAUAUAUAUUAUACACAUAUUGCUGCUGCUGCUACUUUGCUUUCAUCUCCUGCUAAAAAAAAAGUGCAAAAAGAACUCCUCCAGCCCGGACCGGUGAACUUCUGCUUUGAGGAAUCUCCGAGUUCUCCGAAAGGAAAAGCAAGUUGAGAAUGGGACCCUGCAUCACGAGUCCUCUCCAGAUGGUCCUAACAGCCUUAACAGCCUCCUGAUGCAUGUGAGCUAGCGUCCACGAGCCUUUCUCCGUGGAAGGAUGCGUGGAUCACGUCUGCAUAGGCCACCGAUCUUUUUACUUAUUUUCUUUGGUCCAUCGAAGGAGAAUUUGUGUUUUCCACUCUCAGGCUGCAUGCGCUUCGAGGGCUAACAAGGAGAUGCUACUGAAUGUAAAAGCAAUUUCAGAAUAACCUACAUUAAUGUGCACGUUAACGUCAUCGCUUCAUUGACCGGACCAAAAUGUUCAGUUUGCUGUUUUGGGUUUUUUAAUUGUUUUUCUUCGGUUGACAUGGAAGUUUAUUUCCCUCAUUUUGCCAAGAAAGAAAAGAAAAGGAGAUUCAUGUCACAACGUCUUUGUAAUGACAAGUAUCCAUGUUCAUAAAAUUACGUCUGUUGCUUCUUAAGAA